UCGCCUUUCUCUGUUCUUGACUUGCAGGAGCUUCGGGCCAGUGCAGUGGGAGCUCGGCGAGUGAAAGGGGAGCUAGCUCUAGUUAGCUAGCAGCUAGCCGGACACACACAACACACACAACCAUGACGGAGCAGGAGGGCUCGAAAAGCUCCAGCAGUGCGAGGAAUCGAGGCGGAGUGCAGAGGGUGGAAGGCAAACUUCGCGCCAGCGUUGAAAGAGGAGACUACUAUGAAGCUCAUCAAAUGUACCGGACGUUAUUUUUUAGGUAUAUGUCACAGUCCAAGUAUGCGGAGGCCAGAGAGCUGACGUAUAAUGGAGCCCUACUGUUCUUCAGUCACCACCAGCUAAACAGUGCUGCAGAUCUGUCCAUGCUUGUUUUGGAGUCUCUGGAGAAAUCAGAAAUAGAAGUUCAAGAUGAAAUACUGGAGCACCUGGUGAAGCUCUAUAGUGUGAUGGAUGCCAAGUCUCCAGAGCGUGUGGCGUUCGUCUCUCGAGCGCUGAAGUGGUCAACUGGCGGAUCCGGCAAACCUGGCAGCCCACGACUACACCAGCUGCUGGCACUCACGCUGUGGAAAGAGCAAAACUAUAGUGAGUCUCGUUACCACUUCCUGCGGUCAGCUGAUGGCGAGGGCUGCGCUCUGAUGCUGGUGGAAUACUCAGCUACCCUCGGCUACAGGAGCGAGGUCGACAUGUUCGUAGCCCAGGCAGUACUACAGUUCCUGUGUUUGAAGAACAAGCCGAGUGCAUUGAUGGUGUUCAGCACGUAUACAGAGAAACAUCCGUCGAUCCAGAACGGGCCGCCCUUCCCACAACCCCUCCUCAACUUCAUAUGGUUCCUACUGCUAGCUGUGGACGGGGGGAAGUUAACAGUCUUUACAGUGUUAUGUGAACAGUAUCAACCGUCUCUGAAGAGAGACCCCAUGUACAACGAGUAUCUGGACAGGAUAGGGCAGCUGUUCUUCGGCGUUCCCCCCAAACAGUCGUCAUCAUACGGAGGCCUGCUAGGUAAUCUGCUCUCCAGCCUGAUGGGCUCGGGUGAGGAUGAGGAGGGGGAGGAGGUGCACGAGGAUGGAAGCCCCAUCGAGCUCGACUGAGCGCGUGCAAACUCGAACCCGAGACCAGACCAGACCAAGCAGCCGAGGCUUAUGGGGAGCGGACAGGAGGCGGAGCCUAACACACACACACGCACUCACACACACUCACACGGACGGACGCGCGCACACACACACGACGACCCUCUGUCCUACCUGUUCUAGAGGAUACCGUGGAGCAUCAAAACACACACACACACACACACACACACACACACACACACACACACACACACACACACACACACACUUAAAACAAGAAAGUGAAGUGACAUCACACCAAUAGGCUCCUCCCCCCAUCCAAUGAGAUCCGUCCUACGGAAGCCCGGACUGCCCAAAACUGCAAUGUCUUUUUUGUUUUGUUUAUUGUUUUGUUUUGAUCUUUUUUUUCUCCUUUCUUUUGAGGGUCUUUAAUAUAUAUAUAAAAUACGACAUAUGAUA